AAAACCCAAUGUUGAAGGCAGUGAGUCCCCAGCUUUGCUAGGCGCAUCAGCGGGAGCCCCAGGAUGAUACAGAGGGCGUUAAUGCGCAGGGGCGCGCUGCUCGCCCUACAGGUCGCGACGGAGGGCGCCCUGCCGCCCGUCACCCUCCGCCGCUCCGCGUCCUCCCUCUCCGUCCCGCCGCCGACGUGCCUCCUCAAGCCCUUAGAGGCUCCCUAUCGGUACCUUUUCGGACCGGGACCGUCCAACGUGCCGCCGCGGGUGCUGGCAGCGGGGGGGAGACCGAUUAUCGGUCACAUGCAUAAUGAAAUGUUCGAGAUUAUGGACGACAUCAAGAAGGGGAUCCAGUAUGCUUUCCAGACACAGAACAACAUGACGAUCGCGGUGAGCGGCUCCGGUCACACCGCCAUGGAGUGCGCCAUCUUCAACACCGUGGAGCCGGGCGAGAGCGUCCUGAUCGCCAUCAACGGGAUCUGGGGCGAGCGAGCGGCAGAGAUCGCCGAGAGGAUAGGUGCUCGAGUUAACACUUUGGUAAAAGCUCCAGGCGGCUAUUUCACCAAUGAAGAAAUUAAGCAGGCUCUGGUCAAACACAAGCCGGUUCUCUUUUUCCUCACACAUGGAGAGUCAUCCGCUGGACUGGCCCAUCCCAUCGACGGAAUCGGAGAACUGUGUCGGAUGCACGAAUGCCUCUUCUUGGUGGAUUCUGUGGCGUCCUUGGGGGGAGCUCCUCUCUUCAUGGAUAAGCAGAACAUAGACAUCCUGUACACCGGCUCACAGAAGGCUUUGAACGCCCCUCCUGGGACGGCACCCCUCUCCUUCAAUGACAGAGCUUGCAAAAAGAUGUUCAGCAGGAAGACGAAGCCGGUGUCCUACCUCCUGGACAUGACAUAUCUGUCCAACUACUGGGGCUGCGACGGAAAGCCAGCCAGGAUAUACCACCACACUGGCCCUGUAUCUGGCUUCUUCUCACUGAGAGAGAGCCUGGCCAUCCUAGCAGAAAUGGGCCUGGAGAACUCGUGGAGGCUUCACAAGGAGGUGUCUGAGUAUCUGUACGAGGGUCUGGAAGCCCUGGGCCUCAAGCUCUUUGUGAAAGACAAGAAUCUGAGGCUGCCUCCAGUGACAACCGUUGCUAUUCCUUCGGGGUAUAACUGGAGGGACAUCACAAACUACGUCAUGAAGCACCACCAGAUGGAGAUCACCGGGGGGCUGGGGCCAUCCGUGGGCAUGGUGCUGCGCGUGGGUCUGAUGGGAUACAACUGCAGUAAAGACAACGCUGACAAGGUGUUUGCAGCCCUGGCGGAUGCACUGAAGCACUGCCCCAAGAGCAAGGCGUAGCGAUCCUGCGAGGCGUCCCCGCACCACCUGCUCCAUCAGCCCAGUCGAAGAACCGCAGUCUUGGCUGACACUGCGCUGGCCAAACCGGACAUAAAGAUCACAAUAAAUGAGCGUGACGCCUGUUCACCGGCACUGACGUUUUUAAAUUACAUGAUUAAACAAUGAAACUAAUUGCAGUCGCCUUGUAAAGAAUAUGCUUAAUGUGUUAAAAAAAUAAAUGAAUAUGGCUACA